AUGGCUUGCCUUGAGGCCACUAACAUGCGGAAGAAGAACAAGGAGGUCAUCAAGGAUGCUCGGGGUGCCAUUACCGCUACCAAGGAGGCGAUUGAGGCCCAAGUUCUUUUGGUGGCUCCCAAUUUCGACACUUUUGCUAUCGGCGCUUUCAAGAAGAUCCAGGAUGUUACUUAUAAUUUGAACUCUCUAGUAGCUAUUCGAGUUGUUGGACCGAUGUGUUACCUGAUAAACCGCUAUUUUAUGAGUUUACGGAUGAUGACAUGUGACCACCUACUGCCCCCUGAUCGGUACCAUCCGAGUGUAGAGGAUCAUUUACGGGUUACUGGGUUUUAUCAUGCCUCUCAGAUUGGAGUAGUUCAAUGCCAGAAAGCAUUGAUAAAUGCUCUAGUGGAGAGGUGGCGGCCGGAAACACACACCUUCCACCUUCCGAUUGGUGAGUGCACAGUGACGCUGGAGGAUGUAGCCGUUAUUUUGGGCCUCCCGACGAACGGCCUUCCGGUGACAGGGAUGACCUUGAGCAGCUUCGAAGCAUUGGAGGGUGAGUGUUUCCAUCAGUUUGGGGUUGCACCGAGGAAGGCCGACUGCAGAGGGAGCGGCAUAAAAUUGACAUGGCUUAGGAAUCUGAAAGAACGUAUACAACUAACUGACGAAAUCAGUAUGCAGAGAUGUGCUACUGACAUAAAUAAUUUCAGGUGGCGUAACUGGGAGCGUGGUGACAAUCGGUAUAGAUAUCUUAGCCUCGCCCACUUUAGAAAGGCAUUAGAUGAGGUUCAGGAAGGGCAGUUCGUGUGGGUUGCUUAUGGUGUGGAUCGCAUUGAUCCGGGCAUAAUCCCAGAAGACAUCCUCAUGCACGCAGUAGUGUGGAGUGCUACGGUUCCGUUGAUUUCAUUCGAAUCUAUUGAGUGGCAUGCAACGGAUAGAAUUAGAAGACAGUUUGGUUUUGUUCAGGGAGUUCCACAUCAAGAAUGGAAUCCGGGAAGGGCACACGGAGAAACACUGGCUGGUCCUAAGAAUCUUGACUGGGCCACAGCCCCGUCCCAUUCAUGUUGGAUUAUGCACUGGACAAACAAGUAUAAUAACGUUCUGACUGAGUAUCUGGAACCUUCACAGCAUCCGUUGGAUGUUUACAUGCACUGGUAUCGUAGAGAAUAUGGCAACCAUUUAAACUUGUCAAAUGUUGGGUUCAUGGCUGCGGAUGCAGGCCAGUCACAAUUUGGCCAUCAACCUGAAUUUAUGCCCGGUAGGUUUUCUUUGGACACGAGGAUUCCAUGCCACACUGCCUCAGUUGCUUCUGGAGGUUUGGUUUCUGGAGAUUCUAGUAGAAGUGAUGGUGGUCGGGGGAUACUUAAUAGCCGGAACCUACGGCGUGUAUCAAUGGGUCAGAUUGAAGAAAAUGCCGGGGCAGAUGAGCAUGAAACGGAUGAGUAUCUCAUGGAAGAACCGGAUGAUGAGGAUCAAGACGAGAGCGACGAUGAGGAGAUGGAUGAGGAUGAAGAAUCCCGCAACAAUGCCCCUGAUGAUGGGGAUGAUGCAGGUGAAACAGGUAAACAUUACAAUCUCAGGGUGGACCCGCCACGUCGUAGCGCUAACCGAUACACCCCGUCCUUGUUCAAGAAGGCCAAGAAGAAAUGCAAGAACUUCGUCGAAGACAUAAAAUGGGCAAUAAGAAAGUAGUUGUGUGGGUCACAUAAGUAUUUUGUGUAUGUAUGUUGGAAACUUGUAAUUUGAACUUAAUAUUGUGUAUGUAUGUUGGAAACUUGUAAUUUGAACUUAAUAUUGUGUUUGUAUGUUGGAAACUUGUAAUUUGAAUUUAAUAUUGUGUUUGUAUGUUAG